GUGAGAAUGGCCACCACCGUCUGACUCAGAGAGGACCUGAGCUCACCGACAUGUAACCUUGAACCUUAUCCAGACAUUUGUUGGCAUGUUGCAGCCCAGACACAAACCAGUGUGACCCACUGCUCCUCAGGAUGUACAGCUUUAUGGGAGGGGGCUUGUUCUGUGCCAUCGUGGGCAACAUCCUGCUGGUGGUCUCCACGGCGACGGACUACUGGAUGCAGUACAGACUGUCUGGCAGCUUCGCUCACCAGGGUCUGUGGAGAUACUGCAUGUCUGGCAAAUGCUACACACAGACCGACAGCAUCGCAUACUGGAACGCGACCCGGGCCUUCAUGAUCCUCUCAGCGAUGUCGUGUUUUGCGGGAAUCAUCGCAGGCAUCCUCUCCUUCGCUCACUUCUCCGCCUUUGAGCGAUUCAACCGUUCCUUCGCUGCGGGGAUCAUGUUUUUUAUCUCCACGCUCUUUGUUCUGCUCGCUAUGGCCAUCUACACCGGGGUGACGGUCAACUUCCUCGGGAAGCGUUUCGGCGACUGGCGUUUCUCGUGGUCCUACAUUCUGGGCUGGGUCGCUCUGCUCAUGACCUUUUUUGCAGGUAUAUUUUACAUGUGUGCCUACAGGAUGCAUGAAUGCCGCCGAGUGGCCGGCCCUCGCUAACACGCUAUCCCAACAGAUUCACAUUUAAGAUUAAAUAUGAAUCACACAAUCCUGAAUAAAUUUGAAUCAUUGUUCAUGCACAGAGACAAAAUCUCAAAUAAACUCUCAGAUUAUUCUCAUCCUUCGAUGUCAUUCUGUUUAUUUACUGACUGACAGUGAACUAGUGAAGGAAGGUCAACAUUUUGGCUGGUAAUUUGACAUUUCUAUGACUAUAUUGA